CUUCGACCCCACCAUAGUGUUUAUCGCACUCGAGUUGAUCAUGCCGCACGCGAUUCCCGUCGUUGCAACCGGGUGCCAGGCCCUGAUCCUCUGCGGUCCAGGUGUCUCCCUGAACACCUUCACAUCCAACCCGGAAGAGUACCCAAAAUGCCUCAUCCCGAUCGCCAAUCGGCCGAUGCUCUUUUACCCUCUGGAUUUCUGCAAGAGGUCAGGAAUUACAGAUAUCACCUUGAUUACCCCUCCCUCCUCUGUCGCUCCCCUCCAAGCCGCUUUACAACAAAAUCCCUACCUUACAUCGCUUCCCUCGCCCUCGCCGACGGUCCUGGCUCCCAAGGAUGCGGAAAUGACCACGGGGACAGCUGAGUUACUCCGCUUGCCCGAGGUACAGGCUUGCAUCAAGACCGACUUCCUCCUUUUACCAUGCGACCUUGUCUGCGAGAUCCCGGGUACGUCGCUACUAGAGGCAUGGAUGGUGUCGACCACGCCAGGGAGUUCCGUUAUUCAAGAAGAUCGCAAUGCCCACGGCUUGGGUGGCGGACAAGGUGGCGCUCGAGGUGGUCUAGCCGUGUACUAUGAAACCCGGGGCAUGGAAGAUAGCGUCAAGGGUGAGGUGACGGACUUCACGGCGAUCACGCCACUCGCGCAAGACGAAACACCCGCAACAUCGCGAUAUAACCUGUCCAAGCUGGUCAUGUCGAUGCCGAUGGGCACUGUGAAGGAGCAAAUGGAAGAGGACAAGGGCUUCCUUGUCCGCCAUACGUUGGUGGAGAAGCACUCUUCGGUGAAGAUGCUCACGAGCUAUCGCGAUGCGCACCUGUACAUCUUUCCCUACUGGGUGAAGGAUCUCGCGCGCCAUCAGGAAAGGCUAGAGUCCGUCAGUGAAGAUCUCGUCGGAUAUUGGGCUAAGGCGAAGUGGCAGCGGGGGCUCGGCGACAAGCUCGGAAUAACCCAUGUUUUGGGCGGGCGGAAUGAGAGCGUCGACGAGAACAGAAGCAAUGACGGGAACUCGCUGGAGGAGGAGAUUGAUCUCCGUGCCAUGAGCACCACCGCAGCACCGACUGUCUCAGAUCCCCGCGGUCCUUCGCCGUCGGUGGAAGUUCCACCCAUUCUAGCACACAUGGAGAAAGGAUCUUCGCUGGUUCGGCGAGUCGACAGCCCCGCUGUCCUUUUGUCGACUUCGCUCCGUCUAGCUAAGCUCGAAUCCAUCGAAGAGGCCGGCCGGAUAGCUGCCUCCCCCUUCGCUCACACCCAAAAAGUCGCCUAUCCUGAAGGCGUCGCCCAGCGCAGCAUGGUCACCAAGGCGGACUGCCUCCUGGCAUCCAACGUGACCGUUGAGGAACGAUGCGUCAUCAAGGAGUCUUGCAUUGGCACGAACGCGAAGAUCUGCAGCGGCGCUCGACUGACGCGGUGCGUUGUCUUUGACAACGCCAUCGUCGGUGAGCGCUGCGUGUUGACUGGGUGUAUCAUCGGGCGAUACAGCAAGAUUGGGCGGGAGUCCGUACUCAAGGACUGCGAGGUCCAGGACGGAAACAUCAUCCCCGAUGAAACGGAUGCCAAGAACGAGCAGUUCAUGGUCUUUGAGGGCUUUGAUGAAGAGCAAGAUGAUGAUAUGGGUGGCUCGGACAAUUCCGAGGAUGAUGAAGAUGAAUCUACUUGAGUUAAAUCCAAAGCAAUAUGAGCAGUAUGAUAGACCGUUUACGCAUGGG